AUGGAGCAUAAGAUCAAAGAUUGCCCUCGAACGCUGGGUCGAGAGCCAGUAGUGGGUCAAGGUGGUGCUCAACCACCAAGGGGUGGACAGCUGCUGCCAAGGGGCCAUGGACAGGCCAGUGGCGGUAAUAGCAAUAGACGUGGACGUGGAGCACCAAGCAAAAAUACAGGCCAUGCGGAGGUAAGGCAGCCAGCUUUGGUUUAUGCUGGUCGCCACCGAGAAGACGGGGAUGCCCCAAAUAUGAUAACGGGUAUGUUCUAUAUAUAUGAGUUACCUUACACAGCACUGAUUGAUAUUGGAUCAAUGCAUUCAUAUCUUGCAUGCAAUAAGACUGAGUCUUUGGGUGAUAUAUUUGAGAUAAUUGCGAAUGAGAUGAUUGUGAUAAGUUCGUUAGGGCAGUCCGUAGGAGUGAAUAAGAUGUUUAGGGAGGUACCCCUAGUAGUCCAAGGGGUUACCUUUUUAGCGGAUUUGAUAGAGCUGCCGUUUAGUAAGUUUGACUUAAUCUUGGGUAUGGAUUGGCUGGUGAAACACCAAGCCACCUUGGAUUGCACUGCAAAGCGAAUGGUGUUAAGAACUACGGAGGAUAAGGAAGUAGUGGUGAUUGGUGAACGCCGGAACUAUUUUUCGAACGUGAUUUCGGCGAUAAGGGCUGAGAAGUUAGUGCGAAAGGGAUGCAAAGCCUUUUGGGCUUAUAUUAGUGAUAUGGAGGCUCGGAGCCCUACUGUUAAGGAGUUGAGAAUGGUUAGGGAAUUUCUGGAUGUUUUUCCCGAGGAGCUGUCAGGGUUGCCACCCAGCAGAGAAGUAGAAUUUGGAAUCGAGUUGUUGCCUGGGAUGACUCCAGUGUCUAUCGCUCCUUAUCGGAUGACACCAAAGGAGUCGGUAGAACUUAAGGCACAGAUUUAG